AUGGUUAAAACAUGGAGUGAAGAUGAAGAUUCACGAAGACUCCUGGCCUUCCUUAACCUUAUAAAGGCCCUUUCGUUAAAAAAAGAAUGCGCCGGCUUGUGUAUCAAACUUAUGUUUGUGGCCUUCGUUAGAAAUUGUAAAUUCGUCUUGGCGUCAAACAUUGCUCAGAUCAACUUGAUGCGUGAGUGCCUCUUGGAGCUAUUCGGUAAGAAUCUGGACGAUGCAUACGUACAUGCCUUUGUCUACACUCGACAACUCGCGAUAACUCUAAGAAAGGCAUAUAAUUCUAAGAAUAAAGAAGAUAUCCAGUCUGUGGCUAACUGGCAGUUUGUUUGUAGCCUUCGCUUAUGGUGCGACUUCGCUUCAAAAUACGCAGAUGUCCAUGCUUUAGUAAAGUCACUUAUUCAUCCACUAAGCCAACUGGUAUAUGGAACAAUCAAAUUAAAUAAAGGUCAACGUUGGUUACCGUUGCAUUUCCAUUGCAUUUCUAUGCUUCAUAACAUGGCUGGAGUUCCUGUUCUAUGCGAAGCAAACUUGUCAGAGGGGAAGCAAACGUUGGUGGAAAAUAACGAUCUUCGACUGCCACUAACUGGCAGAGCUUUAUCUGCAGAUAAUCGUUUAUUAAUACCUACUUUACCAAUAUUGCUAGAUGUAUUUCAACUAGUUAACUUUAAUCAACGAUCUGGACGUGCUUCAAAUGCUCCUUUAGAUUUACGCUUGUUGCUUCACUUUACACCUAGUCAACUACGUGAAACCGCAUCAAAUGAUGCCAUUAUUAGUUGGCUAUUUGAUUUAUUAGCAGAAUGUAUGGCAUUACAUGCAAAUUCAAUUGCUUUUCCAGAGUAUUCACUGCCUUUUAUCACUGAAGUAAAACAAUUCUUACAUGUUUGUCGUGUAGCCAGUUUUUGUAGACAGAUGAAAGCUUUAAUGAUUAAAGUACGCGAACAUUCAGAAUGGAUUAUUAAAUGUCGAAGGCGUGUUCGGAAUUUAGCUAGUAAGAAUGAAAUGCUGAACAUUGAGUCGACGUGUACUUUUAUCGAUAGUUCAAACAAACUUCUACCAUUUUGGCAAUUCUAUGUACAACACAAACAAAUUCGUUUUAACGAGUUGAAUCGCUUAACUGAGAGUAAUAAAAAGGAACCUAUGCCAAAUACAGAUUACAAUUUAAGUAAACGGAAAACAGAAUCUGACAGUUCCAACUCUGACUCCGAGCAUAGUGAUUCAUCCUAUGAUAUUGAUGAUGGUAAAACAGUAACACAUGUAUCUAAGUCGAGAGUCAAGCAGAAAAGUAAAAAGGAGAAGACAAAAAAACAUGAAAAGAGUGGUGUGAAUAGUAAGAACGAGGAACCUAGCAAACCUACGCUAAACACUGAUGAAAGCGAUGAGAGUGACUUUGAUUUAGAAGCUGCUUUAAUGGAUGAAGAUGAUAAAAGUGUUAAUAAUUGUGAUCUAGAUGAAUUGCCAGAUUUUGAAUUAGAAGGUGUCUCCACCGAUGAGUACAGUGAUGAAGAGGAUGAGUUAUCAAAUGAUGUUGAUAAUGACCCAGAGAAUUUCGAAGGAAAUUCUGAUAUCGAAAUGACUGAUUUAUCAAAAUCUUUAAAAAUUUCUAAGAAACAACAAAAAGCAAAGACAACAAAAAAGAAAACUAACAACCAUGUAGUACCUAAACAGCUAAUGAAAAAAUCUGCCAACAGUACUGGAAAACCGAAAAAAUCAAAAGUUAUCAAUAAAACUUCAAUUAAAACAUUAAAAUUGACUAAAAACAAACAAGAUUUUAAAAAAAAGGCUGAGACGAAAUAG